GUACUGUGAGGACCUUGACAGCUUCACAGGCGGGCUUUUUCUUUUGCCUCCCUAUAUGCGCUAGAAUAUCUAUUUUUCUCUUUUACAAACUGACUAUAUAAAACCACCUCUUCUGGCAUUGCAGAAAGCAAUUGACUUUCUCAGAGCCACCCGGCAGGCUAUCAGGGCAUCCUCGAAAAGGCCAGGGACAGGGGAGCAGGUGCACCAAGAGAUCUGGCGAGGGGUACGCUUCCUCGGGACUUGGGGCUCUUUCUCUCUGCGCUUUCCAGACACUGAACUCUGAGCUGCAAGGACAAGAACGCCACCACCUUCCCUACUAAGGCUCUGCCACAAGCGCAUCCCAGUGAGGUGUAUCCAGCUGCAGCCGCCUCCGGAGCUUCGGAGCGCUCAGACCUCCCUCCCUCGCGCAUCUCCAGCCUAAGGGUCGUCCCACCUCGCCAUAACCACGGGGCUCUCGCGAGGGCAUCGAGGAUUCUCAGCUUUUGGAGUCCCAGUCCUGCCUCUGCUCCUGCCUGGUGGUGUCCCCACGCGCAGGUCCUGCGGACCCUACCGUGGCUGAAACGCGCGGCUUUGCCGUCUGCGCUCCAGCCUUCGCCUGGCAAGGCGCGCAGCCCGCCUCGCGUCUUCUGGCUCUAGGGGUGCAGAGGGCGCAUCCCACCUCUUCCUCCGCCCCUGGGCCCCGCUGUCCUCCCCUACCUGCUGACCAGCCUACUCCUGCGUGAGCUGCCAGCCUUUUGCCUUCUGCGCUUAAAGCAUGUCAGGCUCUGGGCGAAAAGACUUCGAUGUGAAGCACAUUCUGCGACUCCGCUGGAAACUCUUCAGCCACCCGUCCCCGUCCACUGGCGGCCCGGCGGGGGGAGGCUGCCUGCAACAGGACGGCAGUGGCAGCUUUGAGCACUGGGGACCCAGCCAGAGCCGCCUGCUCAAAAGCCAAGAGAGAAGCAGUGUGAGCACUUUCUGGAAGAAGCCUUCCUCCUCUUCCUCUUCGUCGUCCUCCCCGUCCUCUUCCUCCUCUUCCUUCAAUCCGCUGAAUGGCACCCUGCUUCCAGUUGCCACGAGGCUGCAGCAAGGGGCUCCUGGGCAGGGCACCCAGCAGCCAGCCAGGACUCUCUUCUACGUGGAGUCCCUAGAGGAGGAGGUGGUGCCAGGCAUGGACUUUCCUGGACCACACGAAAAAGGGCUGGUUCUGCAAGAGCUCAAAGUGGAGCCAGACAACUCCAGCCAGGCAACAGGUGAAGGAUGUGGACACAGGCUGUCAUCAACCGGCCAUUCGAUGACACCUCAAAGUGAUUUGGACUCCAGUAGCUCUGAAGAAUUCUAUCAAGCUGUUCAUCAUGCUGAGCAAACCUUCAGAAAGAUGGAAAGUUAUUUGAAGCAGCAGCAACUUUGUGAUGUUAUCCUGAUUGUUGGGAACCGAAAGAUACCUGCACAUAGGCUUGUUCUGAGUUCAGUCUCCGACUAUUUUGCGGCCAUGUUUACAAGUGAUGUUUGUGAAGCCAAGCAAGAGGAGAUCAAAAUGGAAGGCAUAGACCCCAAUGCUCUCUGGGACCUUGUCCAAUUUGCAUAUACAGGCUGCUUGGAAUUAAAAGAGGACACCAUUGAGAACCUUCUUGCUGCAGCGUGCCUUCUUCAGCUUCCACAGGUGGUGGAAGUGUGCUGCCACUUCCUCAUGAAGCUUUUGCAUCCAUCUAACUGUUUAGGAAUUCGAGCCUUCGCAGAUGCUCAAGGAUGCAUUGAAUUAAUGAAGGUGGCCCACAGCUACACAAUGGAAAACAUAAUGGAAGUUAUCAGAAAUCAAGAGUUUUUACUCCUUCCAGCUGAGGAGCUCCAUAAACUACUGGCCAGUGAUGAUGUCAAUGUUCCUGAUGAAGAAACCAUCUUCCAUGCAUUGAUGAUGUGGGUCAAGUAUGACAUGCAGAGUAGAUGCAAUGACCUGAGCAUGCUUCUUGCCUUUAUAAGAUUGCCACUGCUUCCACCACAGAUAUUGGCUGACCUAGAAAAUCAUGCAUUAUUUAAGAAUGAUCUGGAAUGUCAAAAGCUGAUUCUAGAAGCAAUGAAAUACCAUCUAUUGCCAGAAAGAAGAACUUUAAUGCAAAGUCCGAGAACUAAACCCAGAAAAUCUACAGUUGGAACUUUGUAUGCUGUAGGAGGAAUGGAUAACAACAAAGGAGCUACAACUAUAGAGAAGUAUGAUCUGAGAACAAAUCUGUGGAUCCAGGCAGGGAUGAUGAACGGCAGAAGGUUGCAGUUUGGUGUGGCUGUUAUUGAUGACAAACUCUUCGUAAUUGGAGGUCGAGAUGGCUUAAAGACAUUGAACACGGUUGAAUGUUACAAUCCCAAAACCAAGACAUGGACUGUCUUACCACCAAUGUCAACACAUAGACAUGGUCUAGGUGUAACAGUACUUGAAGGCCCUAUUUAUGCUGUGGGAGGCCAUGAUGGCUGGAGCUAUCUGAAUACAGUGGAAAGGUGGGAUCCACAGAGUCAACAAUGGACAUUUGUAGCCAGUAUGUCAAUUGCUCGGAGCACAGUUGGUGUAGCAGCAUUGAAUGGCAAGUUGUAUUCAGUUGGAGGUCGUGAUGGAAGUUCCUGUUUGAGUUCAAUGGAAUAUUAUGAUCCUCAUACAAAUAAGUGGAACAUGUGUGCUCCCAUGUGUAAGAGGAGAGGGGGUGUCGGAGUGGCCACAUGUGAUGGUUUUCUUUAUGCAGUAGGAGGUCAUGAUGCUCCUGCUUCAAAUCACUGUUCCCGGCUACUGGAUUAUGUAGAAAGAUAUGAUCCCAAAACAGACACUUGGACCAUGGUGGCUCCUUUGAGUAUGCCCAGAGAUGCUGUUGGGGUCUGUCUCCUUGGUGACAGAUUAUAUGCUGUUGGUGGCUAUGAUGGACAGACAUACCUCAACACUAUGGAAUCCUAUGACCCACAAACUAAUGAGUGGACACAGAUGGCUUCCUUGAAUAUUGGGAGAGCAGGUGCCUGUGUGGUAGUCAUCAAGCAACCUUGACUUAUUGAUACUUUACUUGGAAAGAUUUUACUUGCUGGAGUGGUUAUUUUUAUAUUGAAUGGCAAGAAUGAGAACUUCCAGAGAUGAAAACUCUUCAAGAACAAGGAUCUCUGUAGCGUUACCUACUGAUGUUGAAAGAGUUAGUAGAUCAAACAGAAUAGUAGGAAACAAGAAAACAUUAAACUUAUACAGGAACAAUGUCUGGCCAUAUGUUAGUUGUUCGGGAAUGGUUAUUGGUAAUUUGUUUUGUAUUAUAGCAUACAAUAACUAGAGUUACCAAAGGCUUGUUUUUUCUUGAGCAGUUGAAAGGAGAGACCAAUAUUUGUGACAUGGAUAAUUUCAUGACCACAACUCAUUCAAUCAUUUUAUAGUCUAUGGCAAUAUCCAAGAGAUUGCCAAGAGUAGAAGACAGAAUAUUUCAUCUAACAGAAUCUGAUUGGUUUACUGUUCUUCUAAUCAUAUGUGGUCAUACCAGGAAGCAGAAUUAUGCUUUAUUAAAACAAACCUGCUUCUGCCUCGUUUUCCUAAGCUAUGAGAACAAUUAGAGAAACAGAUUCAUGCUUGUAGCUUGCAUUCAGAAAACAAACUGUCCUACUAAUCAAAGCUGCAUAUCUCAUCAGAGAUAAUGGUUGAAUUUUGUUGCAACCAUAUUGGCAAUCUGAAACUGGCAAACACAAAGGAUUGUUUUCAUUAGGCUUACCAUGUUGCUUUGCUUUUUUAACACACUGAGCCAAAGAUUCAGUAUAAUUAUUGGGCUUUUGCCUUAUGUUGAGUUCAGUGUAAGCAUGGAAGCUAGUGAUUCUGAAUGAUAUAUAUAUCCAUUGCAUGUUGAACUCCUUUAGAAUUUUGUUCUUAAACAAACUUAGAAUUUCAAAAGAAAAAUACAUGAUCCAUUAAGUUGGAGUGUUUAUGAUUAUUGCUAGAAAGAAGGCAGACUUCAUAUUAUCAUCACCCAUUUUUCAAACUUGUUACAUUGAUCUGUACAUUAUUUUAAGCCACAUGUUUGUAAUUGUUUAAAAUAUAAAGUGGAAACAUUACACAAUGUCCUUAAUAAAUAGGUCCAUGUAAAUUUUAAUUACAAUUAAUAAAUGAUCAAAAAAUUUGCA